GUUUUUUCUUACCAUUCCUCCCCUGUAAUUUCAUACUUCUCUUUUAUACAAAAAUGGUGCUAGCUGGUAAGCUUAUUUCUGAACUUGGGAUCAAAGCAUCCACUGACGAGUGCUUUAAUUACUUGGCAAAACAACUUCACGAGGUGCAAGACCAUUGUGAAAGAGUUCAUCAUACCAAGCUGCAUCAAGGUGAAGAUUGGCAUCAUUCGGAUACCGUUAAACACUGGACUUAUCUCAUAGAUGGCAAGGUACACAACCAUUACGAAUCAGUUGAAGAAGUUGAUGAGAAGAACAAAAUGCUGCGUUACAAUUUGUUCGGUGGAGAUGUUGGUGAGAAGUAUAAGGUGUUUAAGCUCACAGUUGAAGUAAUUGAUAAGAGUGAUGGGAGUGGUGCUAUUAGAUGGACUAUUGAUUUUGAGAAGGUCAAUGAGACUAUUGACCCUCCUAAUGGCUGGAUGGACUUCGUUACCAGUUUUACUAGAGAUAUUGAUGCUCAUCUUGUCAAGCCAUAAUAGCUCCCUAAGCCCUAGAUAAAAGAAAGUGACAAUCAAAUACAUCAUGGCUUAAUGCAUAGUAUGAUCUUGAUGCUUUUUGAUCUUUCAUUUGUAUGGAAUAAAAUAAUAAAUGUGUGGUUGAAGAAUGUCUAUCUAAAUUAUGUAAUGCAAAUUAAUAAAUCAAUAAAAGAGUAUAUCCUUUCAAAAAAA